AUUCAUAUCACUUCCCCCUGGGAUUGCACGUCGCAGGAGAGCUUAUCUUCCCACCAAUGGUCGUAACUAACCAAUGAUAAUGUCGACCGUUCUCCCUCCCUCUCUUCCUCUCUCCCCUCCCUCUUCCCGCCAAAACCAACUACCUUCCUUCCAAAACCGCCCUUUCCAAUUUCCUCCGUCCAUCACCUCCAAACCACCAACCCCACCCUCAUCAUGGAUAGAGACCCUCCGCUCCCACACCCGAUCCAACCGUUUCCAAGAAGCUCUCUCUGUUUACAUGGAAAUGAUCUCCGCCGGCAUCCCGCCCGACAACUUCGCCUUCCCUGCAGCCCUCAAAUCCGCCACAGGUCUCCACGACCUGAAUUCCGGGAAGCAGCUCCAUGCCGCCGCUGUCAAAUACGGCUACAGUUCAUCCUCCGUCACCGUUGCCAACACCCUCCUCUCAAUGUAUGGAAAAUGCGGUGAUCUUGGGGAUGUCUACCAGGUGUUCGAUAGAAUUCCUCACAGAGACCAAAUUUCUUGGAAUUCGAUGAUUGCGGCAUUAUGCCAGUCUGAGGAGUGGGGCCUUGCAUUGGAGGCAUUCCGUGUCAUGCAGGUGGAGCAGGUGGAGCCCAGCUCGUUCACACUCGUCAGUGUUGCCCUCGCUUGCUCGCAUUUGAACGGUUGGGAUGGGGUGCGGCUCGGAAAACAAAUUCAUGGGUAUGGGCUGCGGACCGGUUAUUUCUACUCUGAUGAUCGGACAUUCACAAGCAAUGCUCUGAUGGCAAUGUAUGCUAAGUUGGGAAGAGUGGAUGAUUCAUGCACAGUGUUCGAGCGGUUUGAUAAGCGGGACUUGGUUUCUUGGAACACGAUGAUUAGUUCAUACACUCAGAAUGAUCGUUUCGUGGAAGCAUUAGCUCUCCUACGUCACAUGACGCUCGCUGGGGUCAAGCCAGAUGGGGUCACGAUUGCGAGCGUGCUGCCAGCUUGCUCCCAUUUGGAGAUGUUAGAUUUUGGGAAGGAAAUCCAUGCCUUUGCCCUGAGGAACGAUAGCCUCUUUGAAAAUUCUUAUGUGGGCAGUGCGCUAGUUGACAUGUAUUGUAAUUGUGGGCGAGUUGAGAGUGGUCGUCUGGUGUUUGAUAGGAUUUCAGAAUGGAGGGUUGGGCUUUGGAAUGCUAUGAUCAGUGGGUAUGCACAAAAUGAGCUUGACAAGGAGGCUCUGAGGCUCUUCAUUCAGAUGGAAGCGGUUGCAGGUCUUUGUCCAAAUCCCACGACGAUGGCAAGCGUGCUGCCUGCUUGUGUGCGCUGCGAAGCAUUCUCCCGUAAAGAAGAUAUCCACGGGUAUGUGCUGAAGCGGGGCUUUGAGGGCGAUCGGUAUGUGCAGAAUGCUCUCAUGGACAUGUACUCUAGAGUGGGGAAAUUGGAAGUUUCACAAAAGAUCUUCCAAGGGAUGGAUGAUAGAGAUUUGGUUUCAUGGAACACAAUGAUCACGGGGUAUGUUAUAAAUGGGCGUCAUGACGAUGCGCUUCAUCUGCUAAGCGAAAUGCAGGUAGCAAUAAAAGCAAAGGAAGAAGGCAGUGGCAUUGGCAAUAAGGUUCCAUAUAAGCCGAAUUCGAUAACACUCAUGACUGUUCUUCCUGGAUGUGCAGUGCUAGCGGCCCUCGCAAAGGGGAAAGAGAUCCAUGCAUAUGCCAUUCGACAUGAAUUAGUCUCUGAUGUCACGGUGGGGAGUGCUCUGGUCGACAUGUAUGCGAAGAGCGGCUGCCUAGUGUUAUCAAGGAGGGUGUUUGAUCGGAUGCCCAAACGAAAUGUAAUCACAUGGAACGUCCUCAUCAUGGCUUAUGGGAUGCAUGGGCAUGGAGAGGAAGCGGUAGAGCUAUUCAAGGACAUGGCGACUAAGGAAGAAGUGAAGCCUAAUGAGGUCACAUACAUUGCACUCUUUGCCGCCUGCAGCCACUCUGGGAUGGUGAGCCAAGGGCUAGAGAUGUUCUCCAGGAUGAAAGAGGACAACGGCAUCGAACCUACACCAGACCACUACGCGUGCAUUGUGGAUCUACUCGGCCGGGCAGGGAAACUGGAGGAGGCCCACCAGCUCAUCACGACCAUGCCCUCUGGCACCUGUCGAGCAGGGGCAUGGAGUAGCUUGCUUGGGGCAUGUCGAAUACAUGGAGACGUAGAACUUGGGAAGAUCGCAGCCGAAAACCUCCUACAAUUAGAGCCGAAUGUGGCUAGCCACUACGUGCUCCUCUCGAACAUAUACGCAUCAGCUGGGCUUUGGGCUGAGGCAACGGAGGUGAGGAAGAACAUGAAGGAAAGUGGAGUGAAGAAAGAGCCCGGGUGCAGUUGGAUCGAGGCUGGGGACAAGGUGCACAAGUUCAUAGCUGGGGAUGGGUCCCAUCCGCAAAGUGCUGAGCUCCAUGGGCUUCUUGAGGAGUUAUCGGAGAGGAUGAAAAAGGAAGGUUAUGUGCCAGACACUUCGUGUGUCCUUCACAAUGUAGGGGAGGAGGAGAAAGAGUCGCUGUUGUGCGGACACAGCGAGAGGUUGGCCAUCGCAUUCGGCAUUCUUAACACCCCUCCAGGUGCAAUGAUUCGGGUCACCAAGAACCUUAGAGUCUGCAAUGAUUGUCAUGUGGCCACCAAGUACAUUUCAAAGAUCGUGGGGCGGGAGAUCAUGGUUAGGGACGUGCGACGGUUCCACCAUUUCAAGGAUGGAUCAUGUACAUGUGGAGAUUACUGGUGAGCUAUGAUCACUUGAAUAGAAAUGCAUAUUGGAAAUGAUGAAGGUAUGGAUUUUACAUGAGUAGAUGAUCGCUUGACAGACACUUAUUGCAUGAUACUUGUUACAUGGCGUAUGGAUCAGUCGAUCUAGAACAUCCAUCUCAUUAGCCCAGGUUUGAAAUUUGCAUUGAGGGGUGGUGUUGGACAUUAUAGAGGUGGCCUUCAAAUGGAAGUAAAAUAUGUAAAUGGUUAGACUUAAACAUUCAAUAGAGAAAAAGCGAUGGCUAUGAUUUUCUGUUCAAUUUGAUCCAUGUAAACUUUCAUGGAAGACAAUGAAUGGUUAGGAUUCUAGA